AUUGCUCACAACUCACUCACUGCUGCUACUGCCAAGCUGCUUCGUAUCAUUCUCACAAAUCAGAGAAAAAUGGCUGUUGGUACAUAAUUGUUGGAAGAUUGUCUACGAAAGAAUUUGCUGCAAUUUUAUAUGGAGCGAUUGUAAAGAAGAAAUUGUUAAAGAAUAAUUGUGAAUGUUCCUUGGAUUUCUUCAACUAAGAUCUUCUAAAGUUAUAAAUUGAAUAAAUAAAAAACUACCAAUAAAGCGUUAGGUGUAUUAAUACUCGUUUUAACGACUUACGACAAACAGAAAAAUUUCAUUGACAAAAAAUUUAAUUAAAAAAAGAAAAAAAGUUUGUUCAAAACACAUCAAACUCAUGUAAAAAUGUCCGAGGAAAGUAAUACAGUGAGCUGUAAUGCUAACAUCAUCGCGUCCACCGCCGCCAACGACCAGUCUGCAGUGGCCGCCGAGACGGCGUCCGCUAAAACUGCUGCGGACAGUGCUGCUGGCGUAGAUACUAUUGCUGAUGAAGAUUUAGAAGAUGGCGAAAUCGAUGAUGACGAUGAAGAUAAUGAUGAUGAUGUUGUUGUUACAAAUGCUACAAUAAGCAGCACAAAAAAUACGGGUGCCAAUGUGAGCGCUUCUUCGAACGCUAUCGAAAAUAAUGCGUCGCCUGCGUCCAUCACACCACACAAAUCACUAUCCGCACAUCACAACGCCGAUACGGCGACGAAAAUACCUAUAAUUGAUUUGUCCCAUGACCACACACCUUCGCCCACGGGCGUGGCAGGUGGCAUCAGCAGCAAGUCGGACGUGUCCGCCAAGUCACGCAGAUCCAAAAAGGGUCAACCACCAGCAGAUGAUUACAUGGAAGAGGUUGAGAAAUUGUUGUCAAACGUUUUGAAAAAGUCUGGUGUCAAGCCACAAAUGCCCAAAUGCUUGGAAUCACGUCAGGAGGCCAAAGAAUCCGAUUCAGCGGUGCAAAUUCAUGGACAGGGCAGAAGUAGUAGGCGGCGAAAACGCAAAAAGCAGCGUGAGGAAAAAGAGAAGGAAAAGGAGCGCAAAGAUAAGGAAAAAGGUCGCUAUGCUUCACCAGAAACUUUUGAUCCGCCCAUCACACUGGACGAUGACGAGGAUGAUUUUGAAAUGCUGAAUGUAGUCGGUGGUAGUCCGUCCAGUACACCUGUGCCUAAGUAUGCACCACCCGUUUAUCCUCCUUACGAUUCAGCCGACGAAUCGUAUACUUCCUACGAUAGUUGUGAUUCUUUAGAUGACGGUGGUGAGAGGGGUGGCGGUGGCGGCGGUGGUGGUGGUGAUACGAAACGUCGUCGGAGGCGCGGUAAAAAGGAUCGCAAACGUGGACGCGAUCGACGGGCGCGUAGUCGUGAAGAUAGCUCACGUGGCGGUGCUGCACCAGAGAAGCGUUCGCGACGCGAUUCAACCGACGAUAAGCAUCGUCAGGAACCGCGCAAAUUAGAGCUUUGUAAAUUCUACCUAAUGGAAUGUUGUGCCAAAAAAGAUAAAUGUUCCUACAUGCAUUCAGAUUUUCCAUGCAAAUACUACUAUCUCGGCCAGGAUUGUCCCAAUAAGGAAACAUGUAAAUUCAUGCAUGCAGCACCGUUGUCCGAGCAGUUGCGCAACAUACUUUUGAAGCAUUUAGAAACCGCGCCAAAAGAGAUACUCGGAAAUUUUAAGCGAAUAUCACGUGAAACGGCCAUAUUAUUGAUGACUAAACGUAAUGAGGAGCUCUGUAAAGAAUAUAAAGUUGAGAAUACCUGGAGUGCGAUAGUCAAUAUACCAACUGGUAAUAAUCGUCGUGGCCAAAAUGGUAAUACGCAAAAUGAUCAUCAUCAACAUCAACAUCAAAUGCAGCAGCAGCAACAACAACAACAACAACCACACAAUAACAUACCCUCGCUAUUCGAUAUUGUUGUGAAGCCACCAGUGUCACUAAUUGGUCUCGAUAAACAUCGUAAAUCACGUUGGGCUGAUUCGCCAACACCAGAUGAUACCACAUCUCCAGUGCCAGAUAAUAAUACACAGCUACCUAGUUAUUUGGAUUUGAAAAAUCUUGAAGGCAUUAUGAAAGCGGAACACAUAGAGAAACUCACCCGUUUGGGUAUAACCAAUUUGCAGGAAGUCAAUCAGAUGACUAUCGGUCAGUUGCAGCAGGUUGGCAUUGAUUUCGUGGAAAUAAGCGAAGUGCAAAAGAAGGUGCAAAGCAGAAUGGAGAGCGGGGCGAAAAAUGAUAGUGAGAAUAACCUUCCUACGACACGCGAUGUUGAUAUGCGUUCUAUUCCUAGUUCUACAACUACAGUGGCGACGAAAGCCACAUCGGCUGCUGGCGCUUCAACGCGAAAUAAAGUGAACGAUACUUUGGAGUUGGACAAAGACAAUUACGCUUGCUCGAAUUCGAAUAGCAAUAGCAGCAAUGGAGUGGUGCGUGUCGAUUAUUCGCAAUAUUUAAAGGACUCGAAUUUGGCAUUCGAUCGCAGUGAUGCAUUUGAUGAUGAGCGUGAUGAAGAGCAGCUAGUUAUAGAUGAUGGUAACUUGGAGCAUGAAGAUACCCCGCGUCCGUCAAUAACGAAUAAUGAAAACGAUAUUGUAAACGAUGAGCCGCCGAAAACUAGCGACUUGGCUUCCAGACUGGGUCUGCACUUGAAUCCUUUCAAUCCGUUCCGAACAAGUGCGAACGAUUUCAAAAAGAACGAUGAAAAGAAGUCAUCAAUUACAAAUAGCAACGAUAAUUAUCAGCGCAAUGAACGUUUGUAUGCACCACCACGUACAAGAGGUCGCUCCCGUUCACGUUCUCGCUCCCGUUCGCGCUCACGUUCCCGCUCACACACGCCAACCCGCUCGCAAUCCACUACACCGGAAGCUUCAGAUUCCGCUGACAAUGAUGAUGCGCCCGCCAUCGUUAAACAACCUAUUUAUGAGCGCAAAACAAUGUAUGAUUUCAAUGUUGCUCAAGUUGAAGAGGAUGAGCGUCAGCAGUCGGCGAGGAGCGCUAAAUCCGAUAAGGAUAUGCGUUGUAUCGGCAGUAGUGGCAACCUGUUGCCCUUCCAAGCCGUCACGAAUUACACACCCGCCACUGAAAUCGAUGCCUCGUAUACAUCUCACCUGCCAAUGACAUAUAAGGUGCGCGAAUUCUCAAUGCCCCCGGCAAACUAUGCUGAAUUGCGUCGCAGCCUGCGUGCCACCACGCAAACAGCCGAUCCCCGUGUACGACGCAUACUCGGCUUGCCAGAGACACGUGCCACCACUGUUGCUUUAAAGCGUGCGGGUCGCAAACUGAGCAACACCAUCGCUUCACCAGAGGCUGAAGAAUCUCCCAAAUAUUAUACACCACCCAGUAGCACCACCGCCAGUGUAGCAACAAGUGAACGCCGUCCGAGUGUUAGCAAACCAACGGCGCCGAGCACAACAUCCCGGUCGGAUCCACGUUUGGACCCUAGAUGCGCCGCAGCCUCAGCGGCAACGGCUGCCGCAGCGAAAGCGAAUGAAGCUGAGAAAAGUAGUGGCGGUGCUGCGGGUAGUGGCGGCAACGCUGCUGCCGAUAGCGUCAUUACGAAAAUUGCCGGCCUGGGUAAGACAAUGCGUGACAAAAUGCAAAAUGCCGCAUGGUAUCGUGACUUGAGUUCAAAUAUGAAAAUACAAUAUAAUCAAGAAUUGGCGCGACUUAUCACCGAGCUCCGACGCUUCCACCAGGAUAAUUCGCCUGAUAAGAAUUUCAAUUUCAUCAAUUGUAAUAAGAAAAUAAUCGAUCACAUACUCAUCAGUCUUGGCAUUUUCAUUGAUGAAAAUGGUGAGGUGAAUAAAAUCGAGUCUGAUAAAACGGAAGAAUGCGACAUGAAUGCGAAGGCCGAAGCGCGCGGCGAUUUUAUGCAACAAUUAGACUUCCCCAAUCCACAAUUCGACAUGCCCAAUUCCGGAUUUAACUUCGUGAACCCGCCAUUUGAUUUCCGAUUUCCGCCACCACUUUUCGGCGGUGGUCUGGCGAAUUUACGUGCGCCUAUCGCAGCUGCGGCGUCGGCAAUGCCGCCACGGCUAGAUGGACCCAGUUUGCUCGGCAUGCCACCAAUUGGUAACUUCAAUCCCUUCAAUGUGGGUGCGGGCGUAGGCAACUUUCAAGGUGCUGGACGGGGUCUGCUUGAUGCAGGGCCGGGAAUGGGUUUCAAUGGUUUCUUAAAUUUCCCACAACAGCACAUGGGUGGUGGUGGCGGUGGAGGACCCCGUAAUUUCAAUAUGGAUGGCGGGCAUAAUAGACGAAAUCCAAACAAUCGUAGGCACUUUAUUUAACAGCUGCGCGUGAAGUAAAUUAGUAAAAAAAUCAGACAAAAAAUAAAAAAAAAAAUUAUAAAAACAAGAAAAUGAAAAAAAACGUAUAUAAUAGAAGACUUAAAUAGUAAAAUAAAUGAUUAAAUACUAGUGUGCAUACGAAUAUAUGUCGAUUUUAACGAUAAGUACGAAAGGACUCGUUAUUGAAUAGGUGCGUAGAGUUGUGAGUGACGCGUGACCAUUCUAUAGCACACCGUGUACAGUGGGGUGAAGUGUUGACAAAAUUAUACUUAAGCAUUUUCCUAGCGCAAACUAUUUUUUUAAUUUAAUUUGAAUGCCAAUGGAAUUGUUAAAUGAAAUAUAUUUUAAUAACAUAAACUACAAAAUAGUACAUAAACUACUUUUUCAUUCAUAUUUUUUUGUAAAAAAUAAAUUCGUGUGUAUGUGUAUGUGUAUACGCACACACACAUACAUAGCUACAUAUAUACAUAUACAAUAUGUGUACAUUUGUUUAUUUUGCUGGGAGCAGCGCUCGACUAACACACCAUCGACUUAUAAAACAGUCGCUAUCGAAUAUUUGCGUACAAACGAAAAUAAUAAUAAUUCGAAGACAAAAAUUAAAAGAAAAAAAAAAAUAUUUCCAACAAAAAAAUUAAAAGCAAAAAAAAAAAAAUUAAAAGCAAGUUGCGGAAAAUUGGAAUAGUGAAUAAAAUCGAAGCAAAACACAGCUAAAAUUUCCGUGUCCUGACUUCCGGCUCAUUCCCCAAACUGGGUGCUUGUAAGAAAAGUCACAAAAAUACUUUACUUAAAUUACAAAUUUUGUAAUGGAUUAGGUGUGCAAAUUACCAACCGUGACCCUAUUUGGUCUAAUUAUAAGUCGGCACAUUUCGGCAUUUUGUAUCGAAAAAUAUUUUGUUUUUUAACUGAAAAAGAUAUUAUACACUCUUUUCUCCACACUACU